AUGCAAAUAUCAAUUUCAUUUCGUUCGGGAAAGUCCCAAAAACCUCCUAUUACAAUUGACCUUCCGGAAGACUCAACAGUCGACUACUUGAAGAAAGAAAUACACAAAAAAGAAAAAAAGUUUUAUCCGGACCGUCAACGCUUGAGUUUUAAUGAGAAAGUUUUGCAAGAGGGUAAAGCUCUGAAAGACUAUGACAUAAAGGACGGUAAUACCAUUUCACUAAAAGAUUUAGGUCCACAAAUCAGUUGGAAAAUGGUGUUUGUGAUUGAAUAUCUUGGACCUCUCAUCAUUCAUCCGAUAUUUUAUCAUUUUGGUUCUCAAAUUUAUGGAGAGAAUUUUGAACACACUAAUCUUUUGUCUCAUGACAGAUUUACGUAUUACAUGAUUAUGGCACACUUUUUAAAACGCGAAAUAGAAACUUUAUUUGUCCAUCGUUUCUCACACGGUACUAUGCCUUUCAUGAAUGUGUUUAAAAAUUCUUUUCACUAUCAUGCUUUGAGUGGUAUAAAUUUGGCGUAUUGGACCUAUGGUCCUUGGAACGCUUCAGGAACCUCAAGUAGUGAACGUCCAGAAUGGUAUAUUUGGGCCUGCACCGCUGUUUUUGUGUAUGCACAAAUUUCAAAUUUUAGUACUCACAUCACACUUCGAAAUCUUCGUCCGCCGGGCACUCGCGUCCGUAAAAUUCCUUAUGGGUACGGAUUUGGAUUGGUCUCUUGUCCAAACUAUUUUUUUGAAACUAUCGCCUGGAUUAGUAUCUGUGCCUUGACAAAAUCAUAUGCAGCACUGCUUUUUAUCAUUGCUGGAUUUUAUUAUAUGUAUUUAUGGGCUAUCAAGAAACAUAAAACUUAUCGUAAAGAAUUUAAAGAUUAUCCAAAAAAUAGAAAGGCUAUAAUCCCAUUUUUAGUUUAG